AAAAAAAAGCAAAAUCAAAUUCCAUUGAAGAAAAAAAAAAUAUGGCAACGAGAGGAGCUGCUGUUGCUGCUGCAUCUACAAUAUGGAAGCACCGAAGAAACCCUUCUCUUCGAUCAUUAUCAAACCAUUUCAGUCCCAGUUUCAAUCCUCGGAUCAUCCCUACAGGGUUUAAAUACCAAGUUAGGGCGAUACAAGGAGGAGCAAGUACUGAUCCUGUUAUUACAACACCAUUGAAGAACAGAGAUGAUCCCCCAAAACCUCAAAACUGGAAAAUCAAAAUGCUUUACGAUGGAGAUUGUCCUCUCUGUAUGCGUGAGGUCAAUAUGCUUCUGGAAAGGAAUGAAAAAUAUGGAACUAUUAAGUUUGUGGACAUAAGUUCCAUCGAUUAUUCACCGGAAGAUAACCAAGGGCUUGAUUACAAAACAGUAAUGGGGCAAAUACAUGCCAUUCAGUCUGAUGGUAACGUGGUUAAGGGUGUGGAGGCAUUUAGGAGACUGUAUGAAGAGGUUGGGCUUGGAUGGGUUUACUCUAUCACCAAAUAUGAACCAAUAGGGAAGUUAGCUGAUGCUGUGUAUGAUGUUUGGGCUAAAUAUCGUCUUCAGGUCACAGGGAGGCCAUCUUUAGAAGCUAUUCUUGAAGCAAGAAAGAAAGAUAAGGUAGAGACAUGUGGUGAAAGCAAGUCGUGCAAGAUGUGAAUUCUCUUCACAUUGAUACUCAUUGAAUUGUUUACAAUCAUAUACCAAAACCAGUUUGGAGUUGCAUAUUCUUCUUUACCUUACCAGCUUUAUGUGAGUGUGAGCGUUUGUAUGUAUUUGAUACAAAGCCCCUUACAUAAAUCAGGAUACAUCAUAUAUGAACAUUUCACAGCAAAUUUGAAACUGUAGAGGUUUCUCCUAUAUGGUAUUGUUUUUUUGUAAAGGUUAGCCAAGUUUUUUUACUAAUGUUAUAAAAAUACAUUUUAGAAUAUAAGAUUGUAGUAUUUAUUC